AAAAGUGUCUGAGCCCGUCAGGGCGUUUCAUUCGUCUCGUUUGCCAAAAGGAGUGAGUCACCGGGCUUGCCUUCUACAAAAGCCAAUUCUGUGUGACACACACACACAAUGGCUCCAUCAGACGGAAAUGCGGAUUUCGAGAAGGCCGAGAAGCUCUGCAAGCCUUCUGUCCUAUCGCUGAGAUUGAAGGCUGACUGGGAAUCAGCUACUCCCCUCUACGAGAGAGCUGCAGCAUCGUAUCGGCAAAGCAAAUCCUUCGAUAGAGCCAGAGAUGCCUUUGAGAAGGCAGCAACAGGACACCAACGGCAGGGCUCUCCAUGGCACUCAGCCAAGAGCUUGGAAAAAGCAGCAGACAUGGCCAAAAUGGGCGGUGGACUGGAUGUGGAGGUCCUCUACCGUGAUGCAGCCAGGGCUUACAUGGAGGCCGGCCGGACUCAGGCAGCCGCUGAGGCUCUAGCCAGGGCAGCCCUGCACUUGGAGGGCUUGGACCCCAAGGCUUCUAGCCAGCUGUACUUGGAUGCAGUGGAAAUGUUGGAAGAUGAUGGGAAGCAGGGCCUGGCGGGCGACCUCUUCAGGCAAGCUAUUGGGGGCCAGAUCCGGAUGGCAAAAUACCCAGAAGCAGUGAGCCUGCUGCUCAAGUUUGCGCUCGCGUGCCACUCCCUGCAGCUGACAUCGAGCCAGUGCAAAGCCUACCUCGGCGCGGUGGUGGUCUGGCUAUUUGCCCAGGAUGCUGGCGAAGCGUGGGCUGUCUACCAGGAUGCAAUGGGCGUUGACUCCUUCGCGUCGAGCGACGGGGCCUUUGCUGCAGAGGCACUGUUUGAAGCAUACAGGAGCGGGGAUGCCGCGGAGAUCCAGAAGUCGGUCAAGGAGCACAACGCCUUCCUUGAGUUGGAUAACCAGGUCGUACGGCUUGCAAAGAAGCUGCCACAGGGCGACGUCCGACAGAUGGCAGCCUCCCUUGGUUUCCGGGUAUCGGCGGCAGGCAAUGCCCAUGAUGAGGAGGAAGAUCUGACGUAACCCAGAGAGGCGCAUGAUGCCCCAUGCAUGCGCCUUGCGUCGCUCUUCAAGGACCGCAUAUCACUAGGACAAAUCAGGGAGGUCUCUUGAGAAAUUUAGUGCCUCCCAAAAGCCAGCUUGGGGCUGUGCACUGUCAGUCUAGACAGCAAGGUAGCUGUGAUUGCUGUCAUUUAUUGCAUGGUGCCAAUGGCAUCAAACUCUCUCCCUACAGAUCUGACCAGAGUGCUCCUGAGAGUGCAGCACAGAUAUAGACACCGCUGGUGAUGUGGGGGGCCUUGAGUCAUGGGUCAGGGUCAUAGAUCUCUCUGGUGCUCAGUGUGCCGGUGCUCAGUGUGCUCACUUGCACCUUACUUCGAUGUAUAGUAUGAAUGGCGUGUGCUUCCAGCUUCUACACCAGUGGCACCACCUGCGGCAGGACCAAAAUAACCUUGGGUCAGCGAAUAAUUGUCUAUGCCACAAGAAGUUGUACAACACAUGUGGCAGCCAUCCGGCAGAGUCAAUGCAGUUGGACUCUGAAGAUAGGUCUGUAAACUAGAUU